AGUCGCGGGCGCGCCGGGAGGGACGCGGCGGCGGCAUGGGCCGGGGGCCCCAGGGCGCGGGCCGCCCGCCUCGCCGCCUGCUGUCGCUCCUGCUGCUGCUCGGCUUGGCCCGCGGCGCGAACCCAGCGCUGGGCGCCGACGAUGUCUGUGCCACUUGCCAUGAACACGCUACCUGCAAGCAAGCCGAAGGGAUGAAGAUGUGUGUCUGCAAAUACGGAUUCGUGGGCAACGGGAGAACUUACUGUAUGGAUAAAAACGAGUGCCAGUUUGGAGCUACUGUGGUCUGCGGAAACCACACAUCUUGCCACAACACACUCGGAGGUUUUUACUGCAUUUGCCUAGAAGGAUAUCGAGCCACAAACAACAACAAAACAUUCAUUCCCAAUGACGGCACAUUUUGCACAGACAUCGAUGAGUGUGAGGUUUCCGGCCUGUGCAGGCAAGGAGGACGGUGUGUGAACACUUAUGGAAGUUUCAAAUGCUACUGUAUGGAUGGAUACUUGCCAGAGAAUGGGCCUGAACCUUUCCACCCGGCCAGAGACACCACGUCAUGCAUAGAAAUAGACUGUGGCCUCCCUCCUGAGGUCCCAGAUGGCCUUAUCGUUGGAAAUUACACUUCUAGGCUGGGCAGCCAGGUGCGCUAUGCUUGCAAAGAAGGAUUUUUCAGUGACCUGGAAGAUACAGUUUCAAGCUGCACAGCUUUGGGCACAUGGGAGUCCCCAAAGUUACAUUGCCAAGAGAUCAAGUGCGGCCGUCCUCCGGAAGUGCACCAUGCAGUGCUGGUGGGGAAUCACAGCUCCAGCCCGGGCAGUGUGGCUCACUAUAUCUGUCAAGAGGGCUUUGAGAGUGCUGGGGGAAAGAUCACUUCUGUCUGCACGGAGAAAGGCACUUGGAGGAAAAGUGCUUUGACAUGCACAGAAAUAAUUACAGAAAUCCGUGCUGUAUCAGUGUUUAAUAACACCUGUGUGAGGUGGCAGGUAAACCCAGGAAGCAUCCUCUCCAAGACUGUCUACGUGAUAUACAUAAAGGGACAACGGUUGUACUCUAUGGAAUCAGUUCAUGAGGAGACAGUCAACGUGACCACAGAAAGCAGGACCCCAGAAGUGUGCCUAGAUCUGCACCAAGGCACCAACUACACCAUGAGCAUUUCUACCGCUCCUCCCACACGCUCCGUACCGGCCAUCAUCGGGUUCCAGACAGCUGAAGAUGAUCUCUUAGAAGACGGAGGAAUUUUCAAUAUUUCAGUAUUCAGUGAAGCUUGUUUGAAACUGAGCAGGCACCCUAGGAAACUUGGAUCAGAACAAAUGUACCAAUUUCAAGUUCUGGGUCAAAGGUGGUACCUGAAUAAUUUUUAUCAUGCAACAUCAUUUAACUUCACAACAAGGGAGCGAACUCCGGUGGUAUGUUUAGACCUGUACCCAGCAACUGAUUACACAGUGAAUGUCACUCUCCUGGGAUCUUCUGAGCAGCAGUCAGUGCAAAUAACGAUGACAACCGCACCAGCAGUAAAACAGAUCAUCGGUAACAUUUCAGUGUUUAACGAAACCUGCUUGAGAUGGAGAAGUACAAAGACCGCUGAUACAGAGGAGAUGUAUUUAUUCUACAUUCGGGGCCAGAGAUGGUAUCAGAAGGAAUUUGCCCAGGAAAUGACCUUUAAUAUGACUGCCCGCAGCCAGGCUCCUGAGAUGUGCUUGGACCUGCGUCCGGGCACCAACUACAGCAUCAGCAUCCAGGCUUGGUCUUCUCAACUUCCCGCGGUCCUCCCCCUGACAACCCACAUAGCAGAGCCUCCCCCUCCGGAAGUAGACUUUGUCACAGUGCAUGGAGGGCCUCUACCCCGUCUGAAACUGAGGAAAGUCAAGGAGAAAAAUGGACCUAUCAGUUCAUAUCAGGUGUUAGUGCUUCCCCUGACGCUCCAAAGCACCUUUUUUUGUGAUUCUGAAUGGGCCGCCUCAUUCUUUAGCAACACUUCUGAUGCUGAAGGGUAUGUGGCUGCAGAACUACUGGCCAAAGAUGUUCCAGAUGAUGCCAUGGAGAUGUCUAUUGGAGACAGGCUAUACUACGGGAAAUACUAUAAUGCACCUUUGAAAAAAGGGAAUGAUUACUGCAUCAUACUGCGAAUCACAAGUGAAUGGAAUAAGGUGAGAAGAUGCUCCUGUGCGGUUUGGGCUCAAGUGAAAGAUUCGUCGUUGGUCCCGCAGCAGAUGGCGGCCGUCGGGCUGGGCUCCGUGGCUGUUGUGAUUGUUCUCGCAUUCCUCUCCUUCUCAGCCGUGUGGUAUGUGAGACUGUCAUUUUUGAGAAAUUGCAGACGGGUGCUACGUGCGGAGGAAGCAGCGUCGCUGGGGCAGGUGCUAGGACAACUUCUCAGGUUCCUGCCUACACAGAGGCCCUGUGGGGCUUCCGUCCGGGUGUGUGUGGUUCUGCAACUUUUUCCAUUCCCAGCUUGGCCCCAUUUCUGGAUUCAAGAUGGCGAAUACCUCUGUGGAACCCCCGAGUGGAGGAAGCUCAGAAAUCGCUGACGUCUUCUCUGCUGGCUACACAACCAGUUCUGUGUCUGUGAACUUGAGACCCUUGAGAGACAAUGUAGUAUUGGCUACAGGCUACGGGUCAUGUGGGCCGGACGUCUGAGUGCUUCCCGAGAGUCAGCUCUUCUGGACGUUGAAUGCAGGACAGUCUCUGCACCUUUAUAGCAUCCCUGGACUAAUUUGGAAUCCAUCUUUCUACAACGAGCGGUGAGGUGGACUUAAGUUUGGGCUAGAAUUUGCCUUUAUGAAGGAGGUCAUUGAAAAGGAUAGAGAUCGUUGACAGAGGCAACCUGUCAAGCAUUUCAGAAGCAACCCUUUUCCUACAAUUAAUUGACAUACUAACAGAAAGUAUGCUAACUGGCCUCUCCAGCAAGUUCCCUGCAACGGCUGUGAGGCAGCAGAGCUUUGAUACAGAACCAUGGGUCUUACAGGUGUCCAAAAGUCAUAAGUUAUCAUUCCAAUAAAAGUAUUCUGUUGAU